AUGCGUCUCCUGCCGCUCUUGCUGGGCCUCUGGCUGCUGGAGGGGAGCCUCUGUGAGGGCCUCUUCCAGGGCAGCAUGGCGGAGCUGCACGGACGCUUCUCCGUCCGUCUCUACCGCGCGCUCGCCGGGACGGAGAACGUGUCCAACCUGAUGGUGUCCCCGGCCAGUGUGUCCCUGUCCCUGGGGCUGCUGCAGCUGGGGGCCCGCGCCAACACGCUGACUCAGCUGGAGGCCACGCUGGGCUUCAACGUGAAGGACGUCCGGGUCCAGGACUUCUUGUUGCGUUCCCAUGGAGACGCCGGUAACGGCAGCCAUUCGGCCGCUCUGCAGCAGAGCUGCACGCUGCUGCUGCAGAGCGGCGUGCAGCUGCAGAGCGACUUCGCGCGGCGCGUGGCGGCGUGGACCGACGGCGGCGUGCUGAGGGCCGACCUCACGGGACGCCACGCCGAGGAGGCGUGGUCCCUCCAGGCAGGAAGCAGCGGUGGGGGGGAGCCGUCGGGCUCCGGCGAGGCCCAACCCGAGGCCCCGCUGUGGGGUCAGCGGCUGCAGAUGGCGCUGGUCAACAAGGUGGCGUUCAGGGGCGUCUGGCAGAAACAGUUCCUCUUCAGCAGCACGCAGAACCUGCCCUUCCUCCUCUCCGACGGGACCGCCAUCAAAGUACCCAUGAUGCACCAGGCCGGCGAGGUGGGCUUUGGUCAGUUCCGCACAGCGGGGGAGCAGCGCUACACGGUGCUGGAGCUGCCGUACCUGGGCCGCUCCCUCAGCCUGCAGGUGGUGCUGCCCAGCGACAGGAAGACGCCGCUGUCCUCGCUGGAGGUCCAGCUCAGCGCCCGCCAGCUGGCCUCCUGGGACGCCGGUCUGCGCAGAACCAAGAUGGACGUGCUCCUACCCAGGUUCAGGAUGCAGAACAGGUUCAACCUGAGGUCCGUGCUCCCCGCCCUGGGAGUCAGCGACGCCUUCGACCCGACGCUGGCGGAUUUCACCGGAAUAUCAGUGACGGAGAGUCUCUACGUGUCCGACGCUUUCCACGAAGUGGGAAUCGACGUCACGGAGGACGGGACAAAGGCGGCGGCUGCUACCGCCAUGGUCCUCCUCAAGCGAUCCAGAGCUCCGGUUUUCAAGGCCGACCGGCCGUUUUUAUUCCUGCUGCGACACAUUAACACAGGGUCCAUCUGGUUCAUGGGUCGAGUGAUGAACCCAGCAGAACAACAAGCUGCCUGAGAGACAGGAGGACAGAGACAUACAGGAGGACAGACAACCCUCCACAC